GCGGCGGAAGCGAGCCAUGGCUGUCUAUCACGGGAUGCUGCGCUUCGGGAGGCUGUGUAUCGCGAGCCUGGGGGCGCGGGGCCCCCGGACGCUGCUCUCUCGCCCUCGGCCGAACUCGAAGUUGCAGAGUGUCCGCGCUCUCAGUUCUGGAAUGGUGAACUGCACCAACCCCUUGCCCAUCGGAGGCCUCAGCUACAUUCAGGGCCACACCGACUCCCAUCUUGUGAACACAACUGUGGGCGAGUGCCUUGACGCCACGGCGCAGAGGUUCCCCGACAGAGAGGCUUUGGUUAUCCUCCAUGAAAACAUCAGGCUGAACUUUGCGCAGCUCAAGGAGGAGGUGGACAAAGCUGCUUCUGGUCUUCUGAGCAUUGGCCUCCGCAAGGGUGACCGGCUGGGCAUGUGGGGACCCAACUCCUAUGCCUGGGUACUUAUUCAGCUGGCUACUGCCCAGGCAGGCAUCAUCCUGGUGUCUGUGAACCCAGCCUACCAGUCCUCAGAACUGGAAUAUGUCCUCAGAAAGGUAGGCUGCAAAGGUAUUGUGUUUCCCAAACAAUUCAAGACCCAGCAGUACUACGACAUCCUGAAGCAGGUCUGUCCUGAGCUGGAAAAGGCUCAGCCAGGGGCCUUGAAGAGUGAGAGACUCCCAGACCUGACUACAGUCAUCUCAGUGGAUGCCCCUCUGCCGGGGACCCUGCUCCUGGAUGAUAUUGUGGCAGCCGGUGGCAAGGAACAGAACCUAGCCCAGCUGCGGUACAACCAGCGGUUCUUGUCCUGCUACGACCCCAUCAACAUCCAGUUCACCUCGGGGACAACUGGAAACCCCAAGGGGGCCACUCUUUCCCACCACAACAUCGUAAACAACUCCAUGCUGAUAGGCCAGCGUCUGAAGAUGCCCACAAAGACUGCAGAGGAGUUGCGCUUGGUCCUGCCCAGUCCCCUGUACCACUGCCUGGGCUCCGUGGGGGGCACAAUGGUGUCUAUGAUGCAUGGUGCCACUCUCCUCCUGUCUUCUCCAAGCUUCAAUGGCAAGAAGGCAUUGGAAGCCAUCAGCAGAGAGAAAGGCACCCUCCUGUAUGGCACACCCACGAUGUUUGUGGAUAUUCUGAAUCAGCCAGACUUCUCCAGUUAUGAUUUCACAAGCAUUCGUGGAGGUGUGAUUGCUGGGUCCCCAGCACCCCCGGAAUUGAUUCGAGCCAUCAUCAACAAGAUGAACAUGAAGGAGCUGGUGGUUGUUUAUGGAACCACAGAGAACAGUCCCGUGACCUUCAUGAACUUUCCCGAGGACACCCUGGAGCAGAAGGCUGGUAGUGUGGGCAGAAUUAUGCCUCACACGGAGGCCCAGAUUGUGAAUGUGGAGACGGGUGAGCUGACCAACCUGAACGUGCCUGGGGAGCUGUAUAUCCGAGGGUACUGCGUCAUGCAGGGCUACUGGGGUGAGCCACAGAAGACCUUCGAGACGGUCGGACAAGACAAGUGGUAUCGGACAGGAGACAUUGCUUUGAUGGAUGAACAGGGCUUCUGCAAGAUCGUCGGCCGAUCGAAGGAUAUGAUCAUCCGUGGCGGUGAGAACAUCUACCCUGCAGAGCUGGAGGACUUCUUCCUCAAGCACCCACAGGUGCAGGAAGCGCAGGUGGUUGGGGUGAAGGACGAGCGGAUGGGGGAGGAAAUCUGUGCUUGCAUUCGGCUGAAGAGCGGAGAGACCACCACGGCGGAGGAGAUCAAAGCUUUCUGCAAAGGGAAGAUUUCCCACUUUAAGAUUCCCCGAUACAUCGUGUUUGUUGAAGGCUAUCCUCUCACCAUCUCAGGAAAGAUCCAGAAAUUCAAACUCCGAGAGCAGAUGGAACAGCAUCUAAAACUGUGAAGCAAAGGAGGGUCCUCCCAGCCCUCCCAGAGCCCCUCAGUCCUCCCACAAAAAGGAGGGUCCUCAUAGCCCUCCCAGAGCCCCUCAGUCCUCCCACAAAAAGGAGGGUCCUCCCCAGAGCCCCUCAGUCCUCCCACACAAAGGAGAGUCCUCUCAGCUCUCCCAGAGCCCCUCAGCCCUCCCACACAAAGGAGGGUCCUCCCAGCCCUCCCAGAGCCCCUCAGCCCUCCCACACAAAGGAGGUUCCUCCCAGCUCUCCCAGAGCCCCUCAGCCCUCCCACACAAAGGAGGGUCCUCACAGCCCUCCCCAGAGCCCUUCAGUCCUCCCACACAAAGGAGGGCCCCGAGUCCUCCUCAGGCCCCUUGUCGUCUUUGUGACUUGGUGUAAAGACUUCCCUGUUUGGCCAGUGUCUGGCUGGUGUGCUCACUCUGUAGCUCUUGUGUGAUGGAGAAGGGAAGAGACAGGAGGGCAGCCAGCACCCUCAGACCUAAUUUCCCAGCACUUUGCUGUCUGUGCAUUAGUUACUUAAUCUAAGCCCCACUCUGUCCUCUUGAAAUUCCAAGCCACCCUUAUUUUUUUCUUUCUUUUUGGUUUUUUGUUUUGUUUUUGUUUGUUUGGCUUUUUUUGUUUGUUUUGUUGUUUUCCCUUGAGACAGGAUCGUCCUCUGUACCCCUGGUUGCACAGGGUAGAUCAGGCUGGUUUCGAACUUAAAGAGAUCUCAUUGCCCCUGCCUCCGGGGUGCUGGAUCAGUCUUUUGUGCUACCAUGCCUGGUUUUUGUAUGAUUUAUUCAUUUAAUCAUUUUUCAAAUUGUGGCCACAGAUCAGUCCAGAAAUGAGGGUUCUGUUUUGCUUGUUUUCCAAGGCUGGGAACCUUAAAGCCCCUCACGAAUACAUAAGCACCCUUCCCUGGCCUGCACUCCCGGCCCAAUAAUUAUUGUUUUGUUGUUGAAAUAACAGUUUUGAGUGCUGGAGAGGGGGCUCAGUGGUUAAGAGGACUGACUGCUCUCCCAGAAGAUCUGAGUUUGAUUCCUAGCACCCACAUUUGGCAGCUCACAACUACCUUUAAGUCCACCUACAGACAAUGGAUGAUCUCUUCUGGCCUCUGUGCCCCCUGCGUGUCUCCCCUGCCCCCCCCCCCCCCCCCCCCCGCACAUGGUAUGUGCUUACAUAGACACAUGCAAAUAAAUCAAAACAAAUCCGUGAA